GGGAGGGAGCUCAAGAAAAUACAGAGGAAGGAGCCGGCAAUAUAAAGACCUGCAAAGCUGACACUCAAUGAUUUUUUUUACUCAGAGACACCACAGUGAGGCAGGUGGCCUCGGCUCAGAUCGGUAGCUGUGGCGUAGAAGCCAUCCUAGCCGCACUCACUAAGGCUUGAGGUGAGGUUUGGAUCCUCCCUGACCAUCGGAGCGUGGGCAGAGUUAGAGGAGCUUCACUUUCUUGCCCGGUGCGGGGAGACCGACACACGCCAGGCACGAGGCUCCCCGCUCCUCCCCUCUCCCACUCUGCCUUUUCCUGGGCUUGCGUCCAGAGAAUGACUGGCUCCAGAGGACCUAAGAAGAGGAACGCAGCCUGAGGAUACAGUAAAGCAGCUCCAGCCCUGCCUGCCCGCUUGCCUGCUGGGAAACAAAACAAAACAAAAAGAUCGGGAAGACAGGAUUCGAGCCGGGCGUGGAGACGGACAAACAGACAGAAGGACUGACAUAUGGAAGAGAGCAGUGGGCACUGCGGCGUGAAUGUAGCAACUGGACUUUUCUCCCUGGUUACUGAGACCAAACAAUCCUGUCCGGCGAGGUGGUGGGUGGAUGCAGCUUUCAUCAGGCUGCUAAAGGGCAGAGCAGAGACUGAAUAGAAGCUGCAGAGACAUAUGGUUGUUCCACAUUGUAGGGAUAGAGAGAAAAUGGACAGUUACGUCCAAGUAGACUUUGGUUGGAUCGCUAUCUCUUAUUAAACAUUGUUUGCACAAACUUGCAGCAAAAUUACUUUCUUUUUUUUUGUGGACUUUGCCGACCACAUUGAGUCUACCUGCAGGAUUUCUAUGUGAAUAAUCGUGAGGAGAGUUUCUAAAUGAAGAUGGCUGAGUGCAUUCGGACUGUGUACCUGACGCUGAUGCUGCUGUAUCUGGUUCUGCUCGGUACGGCUCACAGCACCUACCCGAGGAUACGGCUCUCUCACAAAGAACUCUGGCAGCUGAACAGGACCUGGGUGUUCCAGGGCCAUGGGACGGCAUCGCUUCAGCCCCAGACCAUGCUGCUGGACGAAGGCCACGGGAGGCUUUAUGUCGGGGCCAAGAAUACUCUGUUCUCCCUUAGCCUGGACCGGGUCAACACACAACACAGAGAGAUCCAGUGGGCCAGUACAGAAUCUCAGAAUGAGGAAUGUUUGAUGAAGGGAAGGGAAAAGUCGGAGUGUGCUAACUACAUCAAGGUCCUGCAACAGUACAACCAAACUCAUUUGCUGGUCUGUGGAACAGGAGCCUUUAACCCCACCUGCGCCCUGGUCAGAAUGGGACACACAGGGCAGGACAGGACGUUUGCUCUUGAGGAAGACAGCAUCAUGAGCGGCAGAGGACGGUGUCCAUAUGACUACAACAGCCCUUCCACGUCUACGCUCUCCAGAGGAGAGCUGUAUAUCGGCCUGUACACAGAUUACUGGGAGAAUGAUGGAGCGUUUUGUCGACUGAACAACCAGACCUACACGCGCACUGAACGAGACGACAAGCAGCAACUUAAUGAGCCUAAAUUUGUGGGGUCUGCAGUUAUUCCCGACAACGAUGACAGAGACGAUGAUAAAGUGUACUUCUUCUUCACUGAGCGGGAGAUGGAUUCUGAGGGAGGGAACAAGGCGAUGUUCACUCGUGUGGGCCGAGUCUGCGCGAAUGACCAAGGAGGACAGAGAAUGCUGGUGAACAGAUGGAGCUCCUUCCUGAAAACCCGUCUCAUCUGCUCUGUGGCCGGACCGAAUGGCAUCGAUACACACUUUGAUGAACUCGAGGAUGUGUUUGUGCUUAACAACAAGGACGGGAAAAACCCUGAAAUAUUUGGCCUCUUUAGCACGACAAGUGCGGUGUUCCAAGGCUUUGCAGUAUGUGUCUACCACAUGGAUGACAUAAGGGCAGCCUUUAAUGGUCCAUUCGCCUACCGAGAGAAACCUGAGCAUCACUGGACAGCUUAUGAGGACAGAGUCCCCUACCCUCGACCUGGAUCUUGUGCCAGUAAAGUGAACGGAGGUGGCUUCUCAAGUUCCAAGGAGUUUCCCGAUGAGGUUCUGCGGUUUGUGCGUUCCCACCCUGUGAUGUAUCGCCCUGUCUUUCCACACCGCGGGAGGCCUGUGCUGCUGCAGACAGAGACAGGCGGGAGAAAGCUGACCCAGAUCGCCGUGGACAGAGUCCAAGCGCAGGACGGACAAUAUCAUGUCCUCUACAUCGGCACCGACGACUCGGUGGUGUUAAAAGUAAUCACCAUCUACAACAAAGACACAGACACUAUGGAGGAGGUGCUGCUGGAGGAGCUGCAAGUAUUUAAGGUGCCAGCACCAAUCAGAGAGAUCAUAAUAUCACCUAAACGGCAGCGGCUGUAUGUCGGGUCAGAAGCGGGUGUGGCCCAAGUCGCACUGCAUCAGUGUGACCUCUAUGGCUCAGAAUGCGCCGAUUGCUGUCUGGCCAGAGACCCUUACUGUGCCUGGGAUGGUCUCACCUGCACCAGAUACUACCCUGCUGGAAUUUACACCAAAAGCAGAAGAUUCAGACGGCAGGACGUUCGCCAUGGCAACGCUGUCCAGCUGUGCAAUGGGCUGCAAAUUGAGGAUGAACAAUGGCAGCGAGCCGAGGAGAGGCUGGUGUACGGUGUGGAGAGCAACAGCACUUUACUCGAGUGUGUCCCUCGAUCACUUCAAGCCACGGUCCUCUGGUUCCUGCAAAAAGACGGAGAGAAACACGAGGUUCGAGGUGAUGAGCGAGUUAUCGUCACCUCCCACGGGCUGCUGUUUCUGCGAGUGAGAAGCUCCGACGCCGCCGUGUACGUUUGCCAGACCGUGGAGCACGGAUACGUGCACACGUUGUUACGCGUCUCUCUGCGCGUACUCAGUGGCGAACGGGUGGAGUCAGCAAUCCACCAAGCCGACGACGGGGAAGCGGCCAAAUCUGCACUUCCGUGCCCCUCCUUCAUGGGCCCCCCCCCAGAUCCCAGCGUUAGCCCGAAGGCUCGAGGGCCGUCAGCGGUCUCGGGCCCCCACUCCAGGUUGUGGUACAAGGAGUUUCUCCAGCUCAUCGGCUACGGGGAUGCACAGAGGGUGGAGGAGUACUGUGAGAGAGUGUGGUGCUCUGAUAAAAAACGCAAAAAGGGCAAACGGAAGUAUUCUCCUCCGAGUGGCGAGAGGAGAGGGAAGGGCAGAGGAGAGGAGAAUUCCCACCGAGCGCCGAGGCACACCGCGGACACCUGAGGAGGACAGAGCUCCACUAAACACGCACACACACAUGCAUGUGCACGAACACACUCGAGAGGUGGAACUCAAUCUUUGGUUGCACCAUAUAAAGGCUUUUCACUUUGUUUUUAACCACGGUAGUAAGAGAAUAACAGUAGUAGGUUGCUGUAGCGAGCUGUCUAGGGGUUCUAGGGAUAUUCAUCAUUGGUCUGACGUUGAUGUUUCACUUAUUUCAAAAUGCAAGAUUUUGCCUUUUUGUAUAGAUAAACUGAUUAUGUGGUUAAAACCCUGUGUAAAUAUGUCAGUGUCAGGGCAGUAGAGGACACACGAGGAGAUGGAGGACAGACUGUCUCUGAUCUGUAGAGAGAUAUAUGAAGAGAAUAUAACGGUGGACCGAUCCAGCCCAGCAGUCAAUCCGAAUGGACACAGACGUUACCACAGCAGACACGAGGCGUCAUUCAAUGGCUCACAACGAUGAACUCUUACUGUAUUAUUAUGAGAGAAAGCUCUGUUCAUGCUAAAGGCCUACUAUCGUUUUUUUUGUUGGUACUAUGAUAACUUAUUUUCUCGGUUCAUGCUUGGAGUUCCGUAGUUGUUUUUAGUUGUCACAAACUGGAAACUAUAUUGAUGUUGUUUUUGUACAGUAAAUAAUGUCUUUAGGUUUAUGAUGAUGAACCAUACACUCAAUGCUGCAAUUCCACUAUCACUGAUAGUUGAGUCAUGUUUUAGUAAUAAUAAUGCCCUCCAUGGAAUCAUUACUAUUCAAGCACUCGUGAAAACUGUUUCAGUAGAUGAAAAGUAUUCCUAUUAGAGAAGAUUUUUGUAAGUGUCAUUUACAUCAACGGACCAACUCUACCAACAGUAUUGUGCAUUGUAUAUUGUAAUCAACCAACAUCCGAGGGGGGUCUUUGUGUGCAAAUUUAGAAACUAUAACUGUAUUCAUUCUUCUCUCUCUCUCUCUCUCUCUCUCUCUCUCCCUCUCUCUCCCUCUCUUUCUCUCUCUCUUUCUCCCUCUUCUUUGUUUGUCUGAAACAAUGUUGCAAAUGGAUUCAUAAUUACUUAUCAUUCAGCCUCAUGAAUAUUCAGUUAACUGAGAUGACAGAAAUAUUAAAUAACUGAAUACAAUCAUGACAGUAAAAUACAAUGUAGUGUUUUGGGAUCACUUUUUACCUGGUUUUAUUCCCUGUUUUCAUAAUGGGGUAAACAUAUUUAAUAGAGCCAUUCAUCAUUCUCCUUAAAUAUUCUUUAUCUCAGAGCCUUGUCUUAGAUUGAACAUGUUUUAUCUGCUAUACCUGUUUUAAUUACCUGCCAUUAAAAAAAUGGAACAUCCUA